AUGGAACUUGCAUCUCUUAACAGACUAGCUGUACUUUCAAGGCAAGAUUCAAGGAAAACUAGCAACUGCCGCUAUGGAUACUCAGCUAUGAAAUUAAUACAUUUUUUGCGUUCAAAAAGCAGAGAAGGUAGCAAUGUAUUUAAGAAAAUUCCUCAAUACAAUUAUGACUUUUCUAACCAUAUCAGAGAGAAGCUUAAAAUUUCUAGUGAUUUUCCCCAAGUUAAGACUAAUUUAGUGAUUCCAACGUCGUCUUCUAUGAAAAAUUUCUUGCCUGGGAUAAAGGAAACAAAAUUAGCUGCGAAUUCUCAAACUAAAUCUUCUAAAAUAAUUCGGAUUCCAGCAAAAGAAGAAAUCACACCUAAUAGAGUUAGGGUUGAUAAAACAUCUGCUUAUUUUUCUAAUGUUAUCAAGCCAACAAAAACAUUUGAAACUAGUCAGUUAUCAAACGUAAAAAUGACAGAAACGAAGAAAAAGUCGUUUUUAAACCUUAAUAUUAAAUCUUUGAGCCCGAUUUCUUCAAGAAAAGUUGAUGAUAUUCUUGAAGAAUUUACGAGGAUCCUAUUUAUUUUUAUUUUAUCUAGAAUAUAAUUUUCACAGAUAAAUUUCUUGUACUUUCCUUAACCUAAAUUUACUCCUAUUAUGAAACGUUUUAAAAAUUACGAAAAACGCAUCAAAAAAAAAUUGGAAACUUCCUAUGAUAGACUCUCGCAAAGUAAUAUUUCAUCUUCAAGAAACAAAGUCAGGGAAACCCCCAUAGUUAAAAAAAGAAAGCCUGAUGCAAUAAUCACAGAACCUUCCGAUAGUGAAGAAAUCAUAGGAUGGGAUAAAGACACAGAUUCAAGUUAUUCCGAAACCCCAACAUUGACAAGUAGAUUUUCUCACAAUGUAUAA